UGUCCAUCUCACCUCCAUACCCCCACCACCGCGCCCUCCCCGCCCUCAGAAAUUCCUCCCGCACUCCCAUCUCCUUCCUCGCCCCCUCGUGCACACAUCUGGCCCUUUUGUAUUUUAUUCCGCCGCACUUUUUCGCCCCCCGCCCCAGAUCCCUCUUCACGACGAGCGCUAACUAUGGCGCAUCCCCCCGCCCCGUACUACCAACCCUCAAGAAUAACGACAAGGUCAAGUUGGACCAUCCGCGAUGGCACUCCAUAUUCCAUCGCACGUAUCAUGGAGUUCCUGCCAGCGCAGGGCGUCCCAAUAUUCGACCAGGACGGGAAACGCAACGAACCAUAUGCGCGAGUCCGUCUCGCAUGGUAUUAUCGCCCCAGUGACGUGAGCGAUCGUCCGUCCGCGGACUGUCGCCUCCUUCUGGCCGCAAUAUAUUCCGAGGUUUGCGAUCUCAGCCAGGUUCGCGGAAAGUGCUACGUAGUACACCGAGAGAGGAUAUCCGACCUCGCAGGGUGGAAAAAACGCCCCGACCGCUUUUAUUUCACUCGCCUCUUCGACCCGUGGAUCCGCAAGGAAUUCGAGGUCAUCCCCUCAGCCACUGUUCGUAACCUUCCGCAACACAUUAGGGACGUCCUCCUCGAGCGCUACGAAUAUGUGGUCGCGGAAAAGGAUGUGGUACCCGACCUCACUGACACCCUCCGGACCUGCGAUACCUGCACGCAAUGGUGCUCACCUCUGGAGACGGUGCAGUGCGACAGAUGCAAGAAAUUCUUUCACAUGGGCUGCGUGAACCCGCCACUCCUGGCCAAGCCGAGUAGGGGAUACGGAUGGACCUGCGCGCCAUGCUCCCGGCGGCACGAGGAGGAGGUGGACAGCCACGAGGGCCUGCGCCAGCUCGUGCCCGCGCAGCCGAAAGUGGUUAAGACGAAUGCGCCCGCCGCGAGGGGCCGCGGGCGCCCCCGGAAGGAUCGCCAGCUGGCGGAGAAGGAGGAGAACCUGGAGGUGAAGCACUUCAAGAUGUGGCCGUUCCGGUACUUUGGGUUGUACACCGUCGCGGAAGACACGCUUGACCCGGACGACCUCAUUUUCCCACGCGCCACUACGCGCGUGGGCCCGAAAUACCAAGUCGUCGUUCCCCCGGCCCCGGGCGCCGAGCCUUCCAGCGUUACGGGUUUGGAGGAGAGGGGAGGCGAUGCGACCAUCGAAGUCCUCAGCCUCGUCAACGAGAUGUCAGAAGAAGAAGUCGAGACGCACAAGGGCUCGCUCGCCACCAACCCGACGCUCAAAUGCAACAUCGACUGGCUUACAGAGGCGACGCGCCGCCUCACGGACGCAUGGACGGCCCACCGCGACUUCGCGGCCGUGAACAUGAAGAGCGCCAUGCGAACCGAGAAGUGGAAGAAAUCCGAGACCCGCUACCUCGACCGUGAGUGGACCAACCAGGAAAUAGCCGCAUUCGAAGACGCCAUUGCUGUCCACGGGGCCGAGCUGCGCCCAGUACGGGAAGAGGUCGGUACGCGGUCCAUGUACGAGGUUGUCCGAUUUUACGGGCGUUGGAAGAGCAUGAAGCUCGGUGAGGAGAACGCGCGCAUUAGGGCCGCCCGCCUCAGCGGGCGGGCUGACCCGCCCGAAACACCAUCGCGCGCGCCAUCACCCGACGAAGAGGGCUCGAUCCUCAAGGAGCUCACUCGGGGGAACAACAGCUGCGGGUGCUGCCGCACACGCGAGUCUGAUGUCUGGUGGAAGGCACCGAAGGGCCUCCCGACGAAUGUCCUUUGCGACAACUGCGGCGUGAGCUGGAGGAAAUACGCAGACUUGAACGUGCGGCCUAUACGUGAGGAGUUGAUUGACAAGAACAAGCCAGCAAAGCGUGAGGGGACGCCGCUCAGCGGGCCAUUGGUCAAGAGAGCAAAGACCGCGUCUUCUGUGCACUCGACGCCUCCGCCUGCCGGACCUGCACCAGUCGCUUCACAAGUCCGCUGUCUUGCAUGCCAGAAGACUGGUCCGAUGGGCAAGGUUCUAAAGUGCCGACAAUGUAACUUCCGCGUGCACGCUGGUGUCUGUGGAGUCAUAGUUGAUCAAUCUACGGUGGAGUCCUGGGUAUGCGACCUCUGUGCGAACGAGAAGACAUUGGAAGCGUCACUAAGCGCAGAUUGUCUGCUAUGUCCUCGACCCAGACGAGAUAUUAGGAAGAGCAUAGUAUACCCGCCCCCAGAUACCUACCUGCGCGCCUGCAAGCCGACGGAAGGCCAAGCCUGGGUCCACGUCAUCUGCUCUGUAUUUGUACCGGAGGUCAACUACUCCGACGCAGCGCGGUUACGGCUCGUGGAGGGCAUCAGCGCUAUCCCACAGUGGCGAUGGGCCAACAAUUGCACGAUAUGCAAUCAGAACGGAGGGUCUGUCAUACGCUGUAGCGAGUGUCCUGCGGAGUAUCACGUAUCUUGUGCGUGGAAGCAGGGACACAAGUUUGGCUUCGAGAUGCAAGGGGUGAAGCCGAGUCGUAGGGAUACAACUACGAUAGUCGAUUGGAAUGAGGUCGAAGGCUGUAUGGUUCCCGUGAUCAUCUGCAAAGGCCACGUCGGACACAGACGGGAGCUCAUCGACAUCUGCGCCACGAACGAUCUGGGAGAGACGGCUCUUCAGGUGUAUUGCAAGAGCUACAAGCAAGUACCAAUAGCCCAGACGCACGGCCUGCUCCGGAAAGCGCGACGGCUCGACUCCAUCCUCAACAACGGCACCGAAAGCCUCCCAGCCGACAGCGACCUGCCCCCAUCCUCCGAGCCUCGCUGUUACCGCUGUCACAGCGAGUUCUCGCCCUUCUUCCAUCCUGUAUCUGCGACCGCGAACGGUACGACCUCGCUUGCGGACCGGCGGACGUGGCAAUGCCAUCAAUGCUUCGUCGAAACCCGGGAAACUCAUAACCACGUCGCUGCAAAUGGGAUAGUGUCCUGAUGUAACGAAAAAACCUGUGAUGCCUACACGAUUACAUGUACUAUUGUUAUAGGGAGGGAUUAUCCAAUGCAAUGGGGUACGAAGAUACACUGACAGCGGGAAAGAUAUGAGCGCGAAAGAUGCCGGGUUAGUAAAUAAUAGCUUAGGGCUUGGUCCUCUUGUAAAACAACAUGUACGCCGGCUUGCCCUGCGUGACUGUCGGCUCCCUGCCUGAUAUCGAAGAAUGAUGUUGAUGCUCACCACUACGUCCUUGGGGUCAGCCUGGGAAAUGCGACUGUCAUCGCAGUACAGCCAUCCGCCGCGCGAUGAUAUGAACGCAGUGU